AUGGCGGCUUUAUCGUCGGCGAUGUUGGGAAGUUACCGGCCAGUGACGACGGAGCUGAGACCAAUCACACGGUGGAGAGUGAAGUGCCAAGUGUCAUCCGUUAAACCCGCUACGUAUUCCUCAAGACUCUCCACAGAUAUUCCUCUGCACGAGUCUCCUCAGGCAUUGUUUGAUGAGUAUUUAGAGGACAAAUCGAGAGUAUUCGAAGCAAUGUUUCCAGAUAAACCCAGAAGCCAUAGGCUUAACGAGGAAGAGUGGAGAAUUCAGAUGUUACCAAUAAACUUCUUAUUCCUCACUGUGUGGCCUGUCGUCGAUAUGAGAUUGAGGUGCAAAUCCAACGGUCAUGAUUAUCCGCCAGAUGUACCUUCGGAUAUAACCAAAGUUGUUGAGCUCAGCAUGACGAGAUGGGAGCUUAAAGGGCUUAACCGAGUAAUGGAACCGUCUGAUUUCAGUUUGGGAGUCAAAGGAGCAUUGUAUCCUGACCGGAGAGGAAAGAACACAAGGCUUAGAGGUCAAUUAGAAAUGAACAUAAGCUUUGUUCUUCCUCCGGUUCUUGAAUUGAUACCCGAAGAUGUUAGGAGAAACGUGGCCAAUGCGGUUUUGACUGGUUUAGUGGAGAACAUGAAGCAUAAGGUUAAUGGGAGCUUGCUCGCUGAUUAUAGCAGGUUCAAAAAUGAGAGAAAAUUACUUAAGCAAUCGAGUUGA